GGGAAAUCGAGCUGUUAUAUAUCCUGCCACGAACAAUUGUAUCUGACAUUUGACCAUAAUAUCUUUAUACUGCGGAGAUUUUGCUUUACACGCAUCUAAUCUUAGCAUCUUCUUUCAUACAAUCCGUCAUCAUGGCUGAAACCGGUCUUCCAUCGGGCUGGGAGGUCCGACACUCCAACUCCAAGAACCUCCCUUAUUACUUCAAUCCUUCGACGAAAGAGUCCCGCUGGGAGCCUCCGUCCGGAACCGACACCGAGACCCUCAAGGUCUACAUGGCGAAAUACCACAGUGGCCCCGCAGGCCGUCCCGACGGAUCGAACCAGGGCGAUGGGAAAAUCCGGUGCAGUCACUUGCUGGUUAAGCAUAAGGAUAGCCGACGACCCAGCAGCUGGAGGGAGGCCAACAUCACUCGGUCCAAGGAGGAGGCCAUCGAGAUCCUUCAGGGCCACGAGGAGCGCAUCCAGUCGGGCGAGGCUACUCUGGGAGACAUUGCCAUGUCAGAGUCGGAUUGUAGCAGUGCUCGGAAGCACGGUGAUCUUGGUUUCUUCGGACGUGGUGAAAUGCAAAAGGAAUUCGAGGAUGCGGCGUUUGCUCUGCAGCCGGGUCAGGUGAGCGGGAUUGUUGAUACUGCGUCGGGGGUUCAUUUGAUUGAGCGUGUCCAAUAAACACAAUACAAUACAUGUAGUUGGUGUAUUUGAAGUCGGAGACAUAAGAAUAAAAUUAUCUCUUCCAAAUAGCAUUUCCC